CUCUUCUCUCUGGGUUCAAUAAAAAAUUAUACAAAAUGAAGUUCAUCAUUAAAGGUGGUGUUUGGAAAAAUACAGAGGACGAAAUUUUGAAGGCUGCUGUUAGUAAAUACGGCAAAAAUCAAUGGGCGCGUAUUUCUUCUUUACUUGUUCGAAAGACACCAAAGCAAUGUAAAGCUAGAUGGUAUGAAUGGUUAGAUCCCAGUAUCAAAAAGACGGAAUGGUCAAAGGAAGAGGAUGAGAAAUUAUUACAUCUCGCUAAAUUAAUGCCCACACAAUGGCGUACGAUUGCUCCCAUUGUGGGCCGUACUCCCGCUCAAUGUUUAGAACGUUAUCAACGACUUUUGGACGAAGCCGAAUCGCGUGAAUCCGACAGAUCUGAUGAACUUGGGUUAACGGGUUCCAUCGGCCACGAAUCGGGUCCCAGCGCUGACGAUGUAAGAAAGUUAAGACCUGGAGAGGUUGAUCCUGAGCCUGAGUCUAAACCUGCCAGACCCGAUCCCGUUGAUAUGGAUGAAGAUGAAAAGGAGAUGUUGUCUGAAGCCCGUGCAAGAUUGGCAAACACACAAGGUAAAAAAGCAAAGAGAAAGGCAAGAGAGAGACAAUUGGAGGAGGCUAGAAGAUUGACUGCACUCCAAAAGAGAAGAGAAUUAAAGGCAGCCGGUAUCCAUAUGCGUAUGAAGACAAAGAAGAAUGUGAUGGAUUACAAUACAGACACACCUUUUGAAAAGAAGGCAGCCUUAGGUUUUUAUGACACCACAGAAGAAGCCGGCCGCACCGUCGAUCCUGGAAAACUCACCAACGUUCAUUUAUCAAAACUCAACAGACGUCGUGCAGAUAUUGAAGAUGAAAAGAACCGUGAAAAGAAGAGAAAGGCUAAGCAGAACCCAAAUGCAUCAACGGAAGGAAAUCAAGGCAAAUUUGUACCCGAAAAGAGCGCCAAAAUCAUUCAAAUGCAAGAACAGGAACAAAUUGCAAAACGUCGUCGUUUGGUCUUGCCUGCUCCCCAAGUAGGCGAACAGGAGUUGGAAGAUAUCCUGAAAUCAGGUUUUGCAGGUGAAAAUGCAAAGAAUUUAGUGCUAGAUAGUGAUGUGAGUGCCACACAAGGCUUGGUUGGUGAUUACAAUUUCACUCCUAAUACCCUUGCCACAAGAACCCCUCGUGCUCCUCCCAGCAAUGAUAAUUUAAUGAUUGAAGCUCGUAAUCUUAUCGCACUCAGUAAUGCACAAACCCCUCUUUUGGGCGGUGAAAAUACAUCACUUUUAGAAGGCACUGGAUUCCAGGGAGCUACACCUAAACACGUACCCAUCCAAACGCCCAACCCUAUGGCAACACCCCUUCGCGGAUCUCGCACCAUGGAUGACAACACACCCUUUAAAACUCCUCGCGAAGAGAAGGCUUUCCACACGCAAAACAAACGAUCGCUUUUACAGGGACUCUCCAGUUUGCCCAAGCCUCGUAAUGAAUGGGAGAUCAAAUUACCAGAGAUGGAAGAAGAGCAUGAGAAAAAAUCAAAGGCAGAGGAGACAAUUGAAGAUAUGAGCGAUUUUGAACGUGAGGAAAAGGAAGCAGCCGAACAAGAAGCAGCUGAACGUGCUGCCCGUCGUUCUUUAGCUGUUCAGUUAGGUUUACCUAGACCUACUGUCGUACCUACCUUUUCAGUAGAUAAAAACGCUUCCGAAAUCGAAAAGAUGAUUAGCGAAGAAUUAUCGCGUCUUUUAAAGCACGAUGCUGUCAAAUAUCCCGUGGUAGGUGGUAAGAUUGCACCUGGUGCUACCCAGUUAGAUGGUACCUUGGCAGGUCUUGAGGAUGAAUUUGAUUCAGUGACAUUACAAGACGCACGUAAAGAAUUGGAUCAAGAAAUUGUAAAUACACUCGGUUUAUCAAAGGAGGAUAAUGUUAAAAAGGCUGUUUGGGAACAUGUUUCUUCUAAGCCUAAUUUCGAGCAGACAUGGAAUCAAGAACAUGAAGAUUUAUUGUUCUCCGCAAAGUUCAAUCAGUUCAUGACACUAAAUGAAAUGGAUGACGAAAAGGAUAUCAUUCAAGGUUUAGACAAAAUUGUGGAAGCAAAUCGUCAAACAAUGAUUAGAGAUGCUACUCGUGCGGGAAAGCUUGAAAAUAAGUUGGAUAUUAGAUUAGGAGGUUAUAUGACACGAUCUAAAGCAUUAUCACAGCAAAUCGUGGAUGCCUUUGAAGAAUUUGAAGCGGCUCAAGUGGAAUACCAAAGUUUUGUCACUCUACAAAUUUCCGAAAAGUCUGCUAUUCCAAGACGUAUUGAGUCAUUGGAAGACGAAGUAUAUAAGUUGGCUAGUAGAGAAAGAGAUUUACAAGAAAAAUACAAGCAAUUGAGUGAUGAAAAGAUGGCCCUUUGCACCUAAAAAAAGGAAAUUUUUUUUCCCUUAUGCACUUUUUUUUAUCUUUUAAUAAAUAUAUAAUCCAUAUACAUACAUGUACUUGUCAA